CAGGUAUGAGAGCCCGUUAAUUAGACAUUUUUCCACACACAGGUCGUUGCUUGAGUGCGGUACCUGUCUCCGCAUAGGCUACCCCUUUUUCUAGAAGGUCUUUGGUGGACGUCCAGCCUAUCGGCUUAGGGUGCGACGCCAUGAUGCUUGAUUACAGCCACGAAAUUCACGCGUGGUCUGUGUUACUCGUUCCGGACGCGUGUCGAUUGAGAAGGAGUACUCCGUACGAAGUAGUCAGAGUUCUAUAUGGUUAGCUAUGAAGCUCGAGCAGGCAAAUGGGAAGUUCAAAGAAAGGUAAUCGGACAAUGGCUGCAAAAGAUUUACAGGCGUCAUACUCGCUGGUGUCCGCCACGAAUGAGGCCAAGAUUGCCGCACAAGAGGCAAAUCCAUGAGGCGCAGUGCAUGCAGUGCAGAGGAGAAGGAGAAGAAGGGCAACCAGGCACAAGUAGAUUGUCCUUCGCUUAAAUGCUUUUUGCAGGUCGUUGCGUUUAUAGCGCCUGAGGUAUACAGAGCCGAGUGCGAAGAAGCCUACUACCUACCUAGGUGACAACCUCGAGGUCAUUUGCAAGCUGGUGAGGCGCAUCACCAGUGCCAAGGAGGAGGAUUGGGGGCACUAUCUGGAGGGUCACUAGGCUAGUGUAGGCAUUCCUGCGCGGCAUGUUUAGGUCAUGUUUAGGUGCAGCGGAUGUCCAUUCAAUGGACAAGUAACCUCAGAAAAAGGCAGCCAGAACACACCAAACUGCGCGUCCCUCCUCUUCCCGUUGUCUUUGUUGUCCUCCCUCUCCCUCUUCCUCUCCUGGUCUGUUGUCCUUCUGUCGCCGUCACUUCUAGGUUCGCCUCCUUCAUACCCUCACUGUCACUGAGGCUCAGGUACUGGUUGAGAAAAGGCCUUGUCUCCUGUCCGAAACCCUACCGCUAAUUCGCAAUCCACCACCCCCCAGUCAAUCAAUCUCAGUCCGAGCCCACUCUCUCCUGGACUCCUCCAUUCCACGCCUUUUCCCAGACGAAAACCUGCUUUCGCGGACACUACAACCUCUCCUCGUGUACAACAACCACAUUCGUUUUGUUCGCGACCACUUCCGUUCUCGAUAAGCCAUCAACAGCUGGAAUUCGUCUUUGUUUGCGGCUGCAAGCCACACAUCCGUUGACCCUUUGUUUUGGCAACCCGCAACUCGUCUCUGCAGCCAAACACCACCCACAUGUUAUUCUAGUCAACCAUCAACAAUCCGCUACACUCCCGUCAAAGUGGCAACAACUACUGUUACUGCGUCGCCGGUCAUGGCAAACUCCUUUGCCUCAGCAUGGCGCUCCUUUUGGCAUACCAUGACCUCCAACGACCGUCAUGCUUCCCACGACUCUCCCUACAGAACAGGACAACAUGUGCCUGUUAGUCAAAGCCGACAUGCUCCUCUCACCUCGGUCGCUACCAGCGCUGCUGAUUCCCACCAAGACCUGCCUGCUACCUAUCACGAUGAUUCGAAACGACCUUCCAUUUCCUCCUCACAGCUCGCAGGAUCUCCUGCAAGACCAUACUCGCCAGGCAUGCGCUCCAUCUCCUCGCCCAAAGCACCUCAGGUCGAAGAAUCAGUAGCCCCUGGCGAGAUACAAAUGCAGAAUUUUGCUGACGGUGCUCCUCCUCCACCACCUGUUUCCCACUCCUGGAAGAAGAUUGACCGCUGGGCCGAGAACCACUACGAGGAACUCUGGGAUCAACUUGGCGAAGGGUGCACACAAAAUGAUGUUAAUGAGUUGGAACAUGAGCUUGAUAUGACGUUACCACAAGAUGUUCGCGAAUCUUUGAGCAUCCACGACGGCCAGGAGCGAGGCGGCCGACCUACCGGUAUCAUUUUUGGCUGCAUGUUGCUUGAUUGUGAAGAAAUUGUCCAAGAGUGGAAGAAUUGGAAAGUCGUUAACGAAGAGUACCUGAGCGGUGCUAAAAGCAAAUACAGCUCAAAGGGUCUGAGCAAUGGUUCUUCAUCCUCCAGCCAGACCCAAAAUGGUAAUCGAUUCUGGAGACAAGAGCUGCUGGACAGACAAGAGUCACAACCACCGAAAGCCAUUCAAAAAGCCUAUGCACACCCAAGCUGGAUUCCUCUCGCCAGAGACUGGGGUGGGAACAACAUUGCAGUCGAUCUCGCUCCAGGCCCCAUGGGGAAAUGGGGUCAAAUUAUCCUGUUUGGACGAGACUACGAUUGCAAAUAUGUCGUUGCACGCUCCUGGGCUCAUUUUCUGGCCACCGUAGCUGACGACAUCGGUUCCGAGAAGGUAUUUGUGGACGAGGACACAGGAGAGCUCAAAUUGAAGGAGUUCAAGACGGAAGCUGUAGAGCCACCCUACAUGGACAUUCUACGCUGGCGCGCAGAUCAAAGAUAUGGUCGACGGGGACCCAAACGGAGGCCUCAACCUGCCAGUUUGAACACGAGCAGUGUCGCACAGAACGGGCGGCAAUCACCCUACAGCAGCCCAGUCAUUGGAGGCGAAGACCGAGGCCGAUCGCCACAGAGAUUCUCGAGAGGUCCUCAAGGCAGCCCCCGACAUGCUGUAGGCAGUCCUUUGGCCCGUGUGCAGGAAGAGAUCGCCCAACCACAGCCUGUACGGCCAGGCGGAGAUGUCGUUAGAGAUUUUGCUGAAUCCGCCGACAGCUUAAGCGAGGGCAAGAAGCGGGAGAAACUGGUGGAAGGUCCAACGCCGCUUGAUCUGAAGAUCUCCAACCUUCCGAGGAAGCCAGAGAAGCUUGUUGAUGCACCAACUCCAUCUUCUCUGAAGAGUGCAGAUUCGGACAAAUUCCCCGCCACCAGACUCGCCAGAGUAUUCACCGAACCUGAAAUCAAAGAAGAGAAGCCAGAUCAGGAGAAAGCCGAGGUCACGGGUCUCGGCGUGAAUGGGAUUGAGGACGAAAUGAAGACGGUAUCCAUUUGAUCCAUCUCUUUGUGCUUUACUACCACGUUCGCUUUUCAAACAGCCCACGGGCUACUGGAUAUGGCGUGUUUGGAUCAGCGGAGGUCAACCAAAGCAUCAUUGCGGUUGUUUCUGGAGUGACUCUAUAUGGUAAUGGGUAGGCGUCUUAAUGAGCAAAAACUUGACCCGGUGUUUUGGCAAAUGGUGGGAGGGUCAGUCAACAUUGUAUGAAACCAGGCCGGAGCGACUCGACAUUGUAUUUCAAGUAUGCAGCAUACAUUCGGUGACGGCCGAGCAGGGCCGUAUAACUAGUCAAGCAGUACCAGUUCGCUGGAGCGAAGCAAAGCAUGCAGAAGAGUCCAUAGGGUGAGAAAGGAAACGAAAGAAAUUCAACCACAA